CCCUAACCAAAGCUAGAACGAAUAAAAGGGUCAGAGAAGUCUGGACCGCAACCUUCCGCCCGCACCUCCGCCAUAGCCAGCAGCACACAGUGCUCCGCCUCAGCUGUCUGCCUCGCUCCUCUGGUCCUUCGCCUCCAGGUAUUUUCUGACCCACAUGGAAGAUGCUCAAAUGCAAGAAGUUUUUUGUCCACAAGUUAAAGCGACCCUUCGUCUUGGAUCAGAAGCACAUUCUGUUGUGGUGAACAAUGGAAAUGUAUCUACGCAACUGGUCUCAAUGAAAGAACAGAGCAUGAGUAUAUUAAAGGAUUACAUCACAAGGCAUAAUGUUCCAAAUGAUGUCCCUGAUGAGCCGGAAGGCAUUUCUUCUGAAGACGAAGAAGAAGAUAGUUCCUUUGAGAAGACUUCUACAAAGUCAAAAAAGAGAAAGUAGAUUCUCUUUUGGUACGUUACAUAUUGUGCGACGAAGGACUAUUUAUUAAUCAAUUUAUAAUGCCUAGAUGGAUGCUUGAAACUUUAAGGACAUUUGUGUGUUUUUCUCACUCUUAGGAUAGCUCUUGUAGUCACCUAAACAUUUUUUAUUCUAGAUUUAAGAUUAUAUCGUCUUUCAACCCUCCGGUGAAAGGGCAUUCGAGCCAUCUUCUUACAUGUUUUUUUAUAAAUUAAUAAUUGUAUACUAGUCAA